GCCUUACUUGCCUGAUGCGUUUACCCACCGACGGUACUGGCAUCAAAGUACUUCUGUUCCUGUGUCCACCGACCGCCGACCACCGGCAGCCUCUUCAGGACCGCCAAGCUGUCAGUCUCUCCAGACUCCACGCUCAAAGUACCUAGGUAGGGUUGCUGGCAUCUACUAGCGACACAUUCUCUGAGCUGUCCGUGAUCUGUUCGCACUACCACUUCUUCCAACCCAAUGACUACCAUGGCAACAGACGCCACUACCCACUGGCUCACCAGAUGAGAGAUUUUCACCUUGCCCAGCCGUCAAGCUCCCAAGGCCAGAACCUCAAGCGAGCGAGUCCUGGCACAGCAGGUAGGAAGCCUCUGACAUCACACCGGAUGGCAAAGAAAGCAAAGAGAGCAGGAUAGGUCUCCGUCCCUCCUACUUCGGCGGCACGACCAGACCUCAAGCCACAGAAAGCUAGGCAUGUAUACACACAGGGGCAGCCACAGGGCCAAUCAUAUAUUGGUCGGCCGGCCGUUCUUCAACUCCUCUACCCUUUCUCGAGACCAAGUCUGCUACCGCUCUACACUACAUCCGUCGUUCGUUCAUUCAUCGUUGACCACCACAGUCACUACUAUCACGCAAUAACCAACAUCCAAGAUGAAGUCUUUCACUGUUGCCUCGGUUGCUGCUCUGGCUCUGGCCGUUCCUGCCUUUGCUCAAGACAUCACGAGCCUGCCUCAAUGCGCUCAAUCCCCCAUCUUGAACGCCAUCAGCAGCUCUGGAUGCGGUCUGACCGACAUUGAAUGCAUUUGCAAGAAUGACGACUUCGUCAGCGGUCUCGUCAAGUUGAUUCCUACCCUUUGCAACACCCAAGAGGUUCAGGAAACCAUUGACUUUGCCAAGAACCUUUGCAGUGCAUACGGCGUGACCAUCAACGUUCCUGACGCAACGGCGCUUGCAAGCUCUGCCACCGCCCCGGCCGCCAGCUCUGCAGCUUCAUCUCUCGCCUCGUCCGCCAGCGCUGAGGCCUCGUCCAUCACCAGCGCCGCAUCAUCUGUGGCCUCGUCUGCGUCUGCUGCUGCCACGUCCAGCAGCGCCGCCGCCAGCUCUGCUGCCAGCUCCAGCUCCUCCGCGGCCGCUUCGCAGACUGCGUCCCAGACCGAGUCUGCUGCUGCCACUUCGGCCCAGACCAGCCCUGCCCAAUACUCGGGCAACGCCGGUGUCGCCAACACCGUUGGCAUGUCUGGCCUGAUGGGCGCUCUUGCCGUCGGCUUGUUGGCUGCCGCAUAAACCCGAUACCACUCGAGUAUCACCCAUGACGGGUGCGGUGACGAACAGAAGUCCAUCCUCCGAUGCGUAAACAAAAGCAUCAGUAGCAACAACAACAGCCGCAUACCCUUGUCGGGCCCAACUUGAGUUGAACUGGCAUGGAUGUGUCUGUAUGCACGUACAUACAUACAUAUUAUACUACACUAUAAUAUAUAGGUUGCGAUACUACCUAUAUGACACUCUCUUAACUUCAAACAACUCAAAGACAUCCAGUACAUAGUAACAUAGUACUCAUUUAUUACCCGACUGACCAAAAUACCACAUUGUGCUAGGAA